AUGAUAUCUACUGGGUUAUUUUUUGCAUUUGGAGACCUUAUUGCUCAAACGCUAUUUCCACAUAAGAUAAUUGAAGUUGAAACGGCCGAAAAUGGAGACAAGAUAGAGAAGGAAGCUUAUACUGGAUACGUGCCUUCGCGGACUUUCCGUGCCUUAAUAUAUGGAUCUAUUUUCUUUGCACCCAUUAGUGUUAUGUGGCAUGGAAAAACACUACCAAAAAUUAAAAACCCAUUUAUUCAUUUAAAACAAAGGACGAACAUGGAGCAGUUUUCGAAACUGAAAAAAAGACUACAUUUUUAUGAUACCGUGUUUAGGUUGGGUAUAGAUCAACUAUUGUUUCCUGCUUUCAUUUGGAUACCUUUAUAUAACACAGUGAUGGUUUUGCUAGCGCAGCAUGAUGACCCUUUUGCUGUUGUUAAGAAUAAAUUGGAAAAUAACUGGUGGAAUGUUCUUAAAGCAAAUUGGACAGUAUGGCCCGGUUUCCAGUUGUUUAAUUUGUACUUUAUACCUGUUCAUUUACGCAUUGUUUGUGCAAAUAUUUGGGCCACAGGAUGGAACGCUUUUCUCAGCUUUGUUCAUAACACUAAGGGGCAUGGAAAAGGAAGCGGAAGAAGGUUUGAGGAAAUGGUGGAUAUCGAAGAUGAAGAUCAAGAGAUUACUAUGAUCUAUGAUUGA